CUGCACUACGGGACCCUCAUGGGCAGCAGAGCUUGUGUCAAAAUGGCAGCAGCUGCCUGGGGCAGUGGUUUUCUCAAUGCUGUCCUGCACACUGCGAACACAUUUUCAAUACCACUCUGCCAAGGCAACACAGUGGACCAGUUCUUCUGUGAAAUCCCCCAGAUCCUCAAGCUCUCCUGCACAGAUGCCUACCUCAGGGAAGCUGGGGUUAUUGUGGUUAGUGCCUGUUUAGUCUUUGGGUGUUUCAUUUUCAUUGUGGUGUCCUACGUGCAGAUCUUCACUGCUGUGCUGAGGAUCCCCUCUGAGCAGGGCCGCCACAAAGCCUUUUCCAUGUGCCUCCCGCACCUGGCCGUGGUCUCCCUGUUUGUCAGCACUGGCAUGUUUGCCUACCUGAAGCCCCCCUCCAUCUCCUCCCCAGCUGUGGAUCUGGUGGUGGCUGUUCUGUACUCGGUGGUGCCU